GCGGCUCCUCGGCCCACCUCAGUCCUGGUCGAAGGAUCGUGCGGCACGGGUGUGUGCGGUGUUGCUGCGAGAGACCACAAUCGAACUGUGUUCGCCCGAUAUCACCAGUGAUAGCAUCUAUCUACUAGAUCCACAAUAACAAAACAGUGUAAAGUGUUCCACAUCACAACAAACCACAAAAGAAUAUCAAAUACAUCACGAGGAAGAGCUAGAGAAAGAGAUUUGAAUGCCGGAACCAACUUCCAACUUGACUUAAGUCAUCACCAUCAAAGGAAAUCAAAGGGGACUUAGUUAAUCAGUGAAUAUCUAACUCCCAGGCAUUUUGGGGGUUAAGUUAAAGGACAUUUAAACAAGUUCCGCGCGUGAGUUCCAACCGUCGGCAGUUCGUAUGGUGAUGUCAGAGCAAGGCGGGUUGGCCAUGCACCAACUACCGAUGCACCAUCGCGGCCUGGUGCAGCCGAGUUUGGUCAUGAAUCCACAUCCACUCAAUGAUUCUUGUUCGAUGGAUUCACAAAAAAAACCAAAAAGACUGAGCCACUGCAUCGGCUGCGGCGGAAUAAUUCACGACCAAUUCAUCCUGCGCGUCGCCCCCGACCUGGAGUGGCAUGCGGCGUGCCUGAAAUGUCAGGAAUGCCGGCAGUUCUUGGACGAGUCGUGCACGUGUUUCGUGCGCGACGGCAAGACCUACUGCAAGCGGGAUUAUGUCAGGUUGUUCGGAACCAAAUGCGAUAAAUGUGGCCAGUCUUUCAGUAAGAAUGAUUUUGUGAUGCGGGCGAAGAGUAAAAUCUAUCACAUUGAUUGUUUUCGCUGCUGUGCCUGUGCUCGCAAAUUGGUACCUGGCGAUGAGUUUGCCCUGCGUGAUGGUGGAGCGCUCUACUGCAAGGAGGACCAUGAUGUGAUGGAGAAAAGCUCGGCCCCGACGACACCUUAUCCGGGCGGGGAGAGUAACAAUAACACCAGCCUUAGCAACAAUAAUCACAAUAGCAAUAGCACCGAACUUGGAUGCAUGUCAGAUUCUGGCUCGGAAAGUGGUUCCCACAAAGGCGGUGGACCUCGUAAAUCGAACAGUGCCUCAGGUGGUGACGGGAAACCAACGCGAGUGCGCACCGUGUUGAACGAGAAGCAAUUGCACACGCUGCGCACCUGCUACGCGGCGAACCCGCGUCCCGACGCGCUGAUGAAGGAGCAGUUGGUGGAGAUGACCAGCCUCUCGCCGCGCGUGAUACGCGUCUGGUUCCAGAACAAGCGCUGCAAGGACAAAAAGAAGACCAUCCUGAUGAAGCAGCAGAUGCAACAAGAAAAGUUUUUUGCACAGGAUGGCCGUAAAUUGGGCUAUGGAGCCAUGCAAGGUAUCCCCAUGGUGGCAUCGUCUCCUGUUCGUCAUGAUUCGCCCAUCGGAGUGCAUCCCCUGGAAGUCCAAGCGUACCAACCACCUUGGAAAGCACUUUCGGACUUUGCCCUUCAUUCGGAUCUUGAACAACCUCAUGCUCCUGCGUUCCAGCAACUAGUAAAUCAGAUGCAUGGUUAUGAUCUACCACCACCAAAUAUGGGUCCAGUCCCAGGUCCACUUCCGGGCAUGAUGCCAGCGCCCCCUUCCGACGCCAUGACACAUCCGGACAGCACCGACAGUUACGUGACGUACCUCGACAGUGAUGAGAGUCUGACGGCAAGCCCUUAACGAUUCUAAACACCGGACAAUGUGCAAUGCGUCACCUGCCAUCUUGGAUUUGCGAUAUCCGAUCGACUUUGAUCAUUACCAGAGCAAGGGGGGAGAGAUUAUGAGAAUAAUAAGAUAAAUUUAGAAUAUGAUGCAUUAACGAAAAGUGUCUCGUUUUGUUUUUCAUUUUAUACAAUUUGUUAUAACUUCCGCUUUGGACUCGUAGAUGUUAAUCAUUAAUUGGAACCUGCAUGCGAACGGCAAUGGAGAAACCACCAAGUCUCUUGAUAAUUAUAAUGACAACCAAACCUUGAUUGAAAUGAAUAGAAUUGUUUCGCCUUUUGAAGUAACAUGAUCAUAUAAUUAUUGUAUUUGAUAACGAGUGUGGUUUAAAUGUAAAUAACGUUAUUAGCCUAAGAACGAUUGUAAAUAAGUAAUCUAUUAUAACAAUUAUAUAUUUA